AUAUUGUAGUAUAAAUACUGUAAACAAACUUUCAAUAUACAUCAGUGUUCUUUUUCGAUUUAGAUACUUUGUAAAAUAAAAAUUUAUAUUCAUUUCACCUACAAUUGAAGUGACCAUUUUAAAAAAUGACUACCAAGUCGAUCGUAGCGUUCGCGGCGGCCGUCGCAACUCUGUUCGCCUACAACUUGGCCUUUGCUUAUCCGCCGCCGGAGGAGUACAAGAGUUAUUACGACGACGGCGAGAGCUAUCUGCAGCAUCGCGGCUACGACGAUUACGCGCAGCACUCGUCUCCGGCCGCCGCCGCCCCGUACCACUUCGAGUACGGCGUGAAGGACUUGCACACGCAGGACAUCAAGAGCCAACGGGAGGAGAGCGACGGCAACGGCAACGUCAAAGGAUCGUACAGUCUGGUGGAACCCGACGGUUCCACCCGAUUGGUCGAGUACACGGCCGACCGCGAGCACGGGUUCAACGCCGUGGUCAAGAAAAUCGAAGCGCCCCGACACUAUUACGAUCAUCAGUCGCACGCGGACUACAGCCGACAGUCGGCCGAUUACCACGAGUACUAUUGACCCGACACGAAACGACGUUAUUAUUAUAAUAUUAUGUCGCGAUAUUUAUAUUAUAAUAAUUUACCGAUUAAUUCGUUAUCGAUUUGCGACUGUUUAGUGUCGUCGUCGUCGUCGUCGUUGUACACGCGUAAUUACCUAUAUUGUAUAUUAACGAUACCUAAUACUGUGAUGGGGUGAUUUUUGCAAUAAUAAUACAUCCAAUAGCCAAUAGUCUCUAUUGUUGCGCGUGGAUCGUGUUAUGCGAAAAAUAACUAUCUAAGUCGUUUGUCGAAUAAAAGAACACUUAUCGUAAUUAAAGCACGUGUGUUAUAAUAUUUACCUGAAA